GCAACCAUCUCAUCCUUUCCACACACCACACACCAUUUCUGCUUCCAUUUUGCCCCUCCUCACAUCUUAAAAUUUCGAUAAUGCCACUCAUAUAUUCCUUCUUAUACCCUCUAAUUCAGGCACUCAGCUGUGUUUCUUCUUGACAUUAAAACCUUUGUUUUGGUAAAUUCACAUGGCCGAUGAUUUGUUUGAUUACCGUUGCUCGGAAACUCAUUUGAGAUUAAUGAAACUAUUGUGAGCUAGGAAUCUGUAACUGCCAUGGUGGAUCGUGGUCAAGAGAAUAAUAUUGCUGCUACUACUCCUGACUUGUCCCUGAAGAAGAAGGAGCUUCUUUCUAGUGCCAUGAAGAGAACGAGUGAAUGGAUUUUUUCUCAGGAGAUUCCAAGUGAUGUUAUUGUUCAAGUUGGAGAAGCUUCAUUUUCCUUACAUAAGUUUCCAUUAGUCUCCAAGUGUGGAUAUAUAAGGAAACUGGUCUCAGAAUCCAACGAUGCUGAUGUGUCCUUGAUUGAACUCUCUGAUGUUCCUGGAGGAGCAGAAGGAUUCGAACUGGCAGCCAAAUUCUGUUACGGAAUAAACUUCGAGAUAACUGUGGAAAACAUCGCCAUGCUUCGCUGCAUGGCGGAGUAUCUCGAGAUGACAGAGGAUUAUGCAGUUGGAAACUUAGUUGGAAGAACUGAUGCUUACUUGAACGAAGUGGCACUCAAGACAAUAUCAGGGGCUGUGUCUAUAUUGCACAUGUCAGAGAAGCUCCUUCCAGUGGCAGAGAAAGCGAAAUUGGUGAGUAAAUGCAUCGAUGCCAUUGCAUACAUAGCCUGCAAGGAAAGCCAGUUUUGCACUUCUUCUGCAAGAAGUGACAGUGGCUCUGAUGGAGUUGUGUCUCAUCAUCAGAGGCCAGUGGUUGAUUGGUGGUCUGAAGACUUAACGGUUCUCCGAAUCGACAUCUUCCAGAGAGUUCUAACUGCAAUGAUGGCUAGAGGGUUUAAACAAUAUGCUAUUGGUCCCAUUCUAAUGCUCUAUGCACAGAAAUCUCUACGAGGUUUGGAUAUAUUUGCAAAGGGAAGGAAGAAGAUUGAGCCGCGACAAGAGCACGAAAAGAGGGUUGUUUUGGAGACAAUAGUGAGCCUGUUGCCAAGGGAGAAGAAUGCAAUGUCUGUAAGCUUUCUGUCUAUGCUGCUUCGCUCGGCGAUAUAUCUGGAGACGACGGUUGCUUGCAGGCUUGAUUUGGAGAAGAGGAUGGCCAUGCAGUUAGGACACGCUGUCCUAGAUGAUCUUCUUAUUCCUUCUUAUUCAUUUACUGGGGACACAUUGUUUGAUGUGGAUACGGUGCAGAGGAUCAUGACCAAUUACCUUGAAUCUCAUCUUGGGAACCAUUUAGUCUAUAAUCAAGAUGUUGAAUACUUUUCGCCUCCACAAACUGAUACCGAACGGGUUGGAAAGCUGAUGGAAAACUACCUAUCUGAAAUAGCCACGGAUCGAAAUUUAACGAUCGCAAAGUUCACCAGUCUGGCUGAAUUGAUUCCUGAACAAUCAAAGCCAACAGAAGAUGGCAUGUAUAGAGCCAUUGACAUCUAUCUCAAGGCUCAUCCUAAUCUGAGUGACAUGGAGAGAAAGAAAGUAUGUGGCGUGAUGGAUUGCCAGAAGCUAUCGCGAGAGGCGUGCGCGCAUGCGGCACAAAACGACCGUCUUCCGGUCCAAACCGUGGUUCAAGUUCUCUACUACGAACAGCAAAGACUACGUGACGCCAUGAAUAAUGGAAGCAGUGCGAGUGGAGAAUCUCCUUCUUCAGGUCAAUCCAAGACCAGUGUAUUUCACCAUCCGGUUUCAAAUGAACUCUCCACAUUACGCAGAGAAAAUCAAGAUCUGAAAUUAGAGCUUGUGAAACUGAAAAUGAAGCUAAAAGAGAUCGAGAAUUCCACACUGAUCAAAUCAGGAAUUAGCAGCCCUAUGAUAAGUGCCUCGCCUUCUUCUGCCGCUGAUAAGCCUCCUCUGCCUCGAAAAUCGUUCAUAAGUUCUGUGUCCAAGAAACUUGGAAAACUCUCUCCUUUUCUACGUGCUGAUGGCAUCGCACCUUUCUCCAAAGGUCGCACAAAACCAAAUAAGAAUCGCCGCCACUCCAUAUCAUGAGGCUUGAAAAUACAGGACUACUUUUCCUUCCUUGUUUUUCUUUUCUUUUCUUUUUUGUUUACUACUAAAUUGUGUGAUGCCGUUGUAGAUUAUAUGUUUUGAUCAUGAUCAAAUGAGAAAUAUAUUGUAAAGGGUGUUGAAAAAUUAAAUAUAUAAUUCCUUGGUUGAA